UCCUAGUUUUGCUGAUUGCUGUCUGAACCAAUUUUACUUCUUUCAGUUGCACAAGCAAAGGUCUCCCACAAACCUCUUCUUUCUCUUCUCCAAAUCUCUCUCUCUCUCUCUCUCUCUAUUCCUGAAAAGCAAGGAACUAGGAAAAGGAAGCAUCACAGACAGAAGAACAAAAAAACAAACAAAAGAUGUCUUCUCCAAGCAAGCGUCGAGAGAUGGACUUGAUGAAAUUGAUGAUGAGUGACUACAAGGUGGAGAUGAUUAAUGAUGGAAUGCAAGAGUUUUAUGUGCAUUUCCAUGGACCCAAUGAGAGUCCUUAUCAUGGAGGUGUGUGGAAAGUAAGAGUUGAGCUGCCAGAUGCUUAUCCUUAUAAAUCUCCUUCCAUUGGCUUUGUCAAUAAGAUCUAUCACCCAAAUGUUGAUGAGUUGUCAGGAUCAGUUUGUCUUGAUGUUAUCAAUCAAACCUGGAGCCCCAUGUUUGAUCUUGUCAAUGUAUUUGAGGUGUUUCUACCUCAACUUCUUCUGUAUCCAAAUCCAUCAGACCCCUUGAAUGGAGAAGCUGCAGCUUUAAUGAUGCGUGAUCGAGCCACUUAUGAACAAAGGGUUAAAGAGUACUGUGAGAAGUAUGCUAAGCCUGAAGACAUAGGAGUUGCCACAGAAGAGAAAUCCAGUGAUGAUGAGCUAACUGAAGAUGAAUAUGAUUCUAGUGAUGAACAGGUUGCUGGUAAGGCUGAUCCCUAGCCUUGUAUGCAUGUUCCUGUUCUCUCUAUCAUAUCUGUACAUUAUGUUCUAGUUAUGUUAAUUCACCUCAUUAAAUGUAAUGCACUUGGUUGUUGGUAGGGGGAAAAUUCCCCUUCCUGUUAGUUUACUC